AUGUGCCUCACCAGUGGUGUGGGACUGUGGCAGUUAACAGUCCAAAAACAUUUGCAGUGGGUCACUGUUGCUACUGAGGCUACAGCAAAGCUGCUCUUCAGUCAGGAUUUGGCUGAAGCCAAACAACAUGUCUGAGAAUUAUAUAGAGCUUGGUAACAAAAAAUCCCAAACACUGUACAACUGUUCCAGCUGGACAUUACAGUGAAACAGGGGUGUGAUAACGUAUGGGAGAUGUUCAUGAAGAACAUCCUUGUCACAGAUCCCCGAGUUAUUGAUCUGCUUAUAACUAAGGGGAAAAUGGAACUCCAGGAAACUAUUGAAACUAUUUACAUGUGGAAACAAUGGACCCAUGUAAUGAAAUAUUUUCAUGAAACACCACAACCCAAGGACUUCCGGUCCAAAUUCUAUGCAGGCCAUGACCCUUGAGCCAAACAGACUUUGUGGAGCUGUAAUUCUCUGUUUUCUUUUGGAAAUAAAGUCCUACAUAUU